GCGGUCUGCCCGGGCGACCCCAAGAUGGCGGCGGCGUCUUCGUCGUCGCGGUGGGCGCUGGUGGCGGCGGCGUUAACGGCGGGACCCCGGGGGGCGUCUGCUGCUGCUGCUGCGGGGCUGGCGGCGUCUCCGGCGUGAGGGGGAAGGCCAUGGCUGCGGGGCCGUGAGGAUGUGCGAGAGCUACUCGCGCUGGCUGCUGCGCGUGUCGACGGCGCAGGUGUGCCAGGCGCUGGGCUGGGACGCCGUGCAGCUCUCCGCCUGCGACCUCCUCACCGACGUCCUCCAGAGGUACCUGCACUCUCUGGGCCGAGGCUGCCGGCGCUACUGCGAGCUCUAUGGCCGGACAGAUCCCAUUUUGGAGGAUGUCGGUGAAGCCUUCAAUCUUAUGGGGGUCAACCUGCAUGAGCUGGAAGAUUACAUACUCAAUAUUGAGCCAGUCACUUUUGCACAUCAAAUCCCCUUAUACCCUGUCAGCAAGAAUAAUGUCCUGCAGUUCCCCCAGCCUGGAAGCAAAGAUGCAGAGGAGAGGAAAGAGUAUAUUCCUGAUUACAUGCCACCCAUUGUCUCUUCUCAAGAAGAGGAAGAGGAAGAGCAGGUGCCCACUGAUGGCGGGACUUCAGCAGAAGCCAUGCAAGUACCUUUGGAGGAAGAGGGAGAAAUGGAAGAAGAGGAGGCUGUCAACGAUGAAAACUACUUGAGCAAGAGGCCAUUAGAAAGUCCCGAAUCUGAGGAAAUGCCUGCCACGAAGCGGCCAAAACUAGCUAGCGUGAAAGGAGAUAGUCCAGAGGGGACGGUGGAACCGCGUGAGCCUCUUAGUUCCAUCAAUGCCCAGAAGGUGCCCCCCAUGCUUUCCCCGGUUUGCGUUCAGGAUGGUGCCGAUGUGGCUCCUCUCUCUCCAGAACCACCCAUACUGGCUCCCAUUGCAAAAUCGCAGUUGCCGGUUUCCAAACCGUUGGAGCCCAGAGCAUUUACACCUAAAGCAAAGGUGAAAACGAACUCCCCAGGGCAGAAGACUAAGGCGCCCAAAGUUCCUCCAUCACCAGCAGUGGCCGGAAGCCCCAUCCGCUCUCCAAAAACUGGACCCAAAGAGAAGAAAUCGCCGGGCCGAUCCAAGAGCCCCAGAAGUCCUAAGAGUCCAAAGGUUCCGGUUCAUGUCCCUCAGGUAGCAGUUAAGCAGGAGACCCCGAGUAGAACGCCCUUGGCAGCAUUGAGUGAAAAGAUGGGGAAAGAGAAUAUCCAAAUAAAACAAGGGCCAACCCCCGUUGACCCUGGGAAACCAAACAGUGAGAAUCCGGCGAAGAAAGUGGCCGUGCUUGACAAGACAAUUGAUGAUUCCAUUGAUGCUGUAAUUGCUCGUGCUUGUGCUGAACGGGACCCGGACCCAUUCGAGUUUUCCUCAGGGUCAGAAUCGGAAGGGGAUGUUUUCACUAGCCCUAAAAGACUGUCUGUGUCAGAGACUACAACCCCCAAAGCUUCUGUUUCUGCUAACAGCAGCUUAAAUAAAGCAGGGAGCACCCCAGUUCCUCCCUCUGGUGGAACGUCAAGCUCAGACAUUUCAUGGACGAUGGAUGACUCCAUAGAUGAGGUCAUUCGAAAAGCAAAUAUGGGUCCUCCUGCCAAUUUGCCGGCAAACUUCCCUUAUUUCUCAUCUCCCUCUGCUUCUCCACCAACUCCAGAGCCUCUGCUCAAAGUUUACGAGGAGAAAACUAAGCUGGCUUCCUCAGUAGAAGUUAUGAAGAAGCUGAAGAAAGAGUUGAAGACAAAAAUGAAGAAGAAGGAAAAGAACAAAGACAAGGAGAAGAAUAAAGAGAAGAACAAAGACAAGGAGAAAAACAAAGACAAGGAUAAAGACAAAGAUGGAGGCAAAGAAGUAAAAUUUCCGUGGAAGGACUUGAUCAGAGAUGAUGACUUGGAUCCGUACAAGUUCAAAAUUAAAGACUUUGAUGAUGAGCCAAAAGUCAAGGUAAAAGAUGGCAGCACCAAGAAAGAACGAGAGAAGCAUAAAGACAAGAAGAAAGAUAAGGGCAAGAAAGAUAAAGACAAGAAAGACAAGGAGAAAGUUAAAGAGAAAAAUAAAGGCAAGAAUAAAACUUCGUCAGUGCCUCUUGUUCUGCCUCCCAAAGACCUGCCCCUGCCCUUGUUCAGCACCCCGGCUGCCAUGAAACUCCCAUCGCUGUUGCCGGCCCUCCCGACGAUCCUUCCCGAAAAACUCUUUGAGGAGAAGGAGAAGCCCAAAGAAAAGAAGAAGGACAAAAAGGAGAAGAAGAAGAAGAAAGAGAGGGAGAAGGACAAGGAAAAGGAGAAGAAGGAGAAAGAGAAAGAAAAGAAGGAGAGGGAGAAGAAAGAAAGGGAAAAAGAGAAACACAAACACGAAAAACAGAUGAAAGUGGAACCUGUUGUUCCUGCGCCGUCUCCCGUGAUUCCGAGGCUGACACUGAGAGUGGGGGCUGGUCAGGACAAGAUUGUCAUCAGCAAAGUGGUGUCGGCACCGGAAGCUAAGCCAUCGGUCAUGGCUCGGCCCAAGACGCCACCGCCUCCACCAUCCCCGGCACCAGCUCCUGUCCACGUGACGCCGCCGCCUCCUCCGGUGGUUCUCCCUAUGCCUCCUGCUAUCAUUUCCCCAGCUGCGAUUCCACCACCGUCUCCUGCAAUGCCUGCUGUGGGAGGCUCCAAGGGUCCCGUUAGGAGUGUGGUGACGGAGACUGUCAGUAAUUACGUGAUCCGAGACGAAUGGGGGAACAAGAUCUGGAUCUGCCCCGGCUGCGAGAAGCCAGAUGACGGCAGUGCGAUGAUAGGCUGCGACGACUGUGACGAUUGGUACCACUGGCUUUGCGUCGGAAUCACAGCUGCUCCCCCGGAAGAAAUGCAGUGGUUCUGCUCCAGGUGUGCCAGCAAAAAGAAAGAUAAAAAACACAAGAAGGGGAAACACAGAGCACACUGAAGCCACUGGGGAGACCGGUCGGACUGUCGCUGCAGCACUUCAGCCCUGACUCCUUUCGUCGCCAUCAAGUAUUGAGGGCGAUUCUUGAGAGAAUUGGGGACAAACGCCCACUGUCCGCCUUGAGCUGGCUGCUUGCCCUUCCCUCCUUGAUGCUCCUUCGUCAAACGGUGUUGGCCUAGAUCAGGAAUUCUCUGCCACGAACUCACCGGCUGAA